CCAAGAGUUUACGCAAUCCGGUUCCAUCCCGAGCCGGGUGUUGCAGGCAAUACCACCUCCUGUUGGGAGGGAAGACAACUGUGGAAAUUCCAAAAAUCAAAAUCUGAAAUUAUGAAGAAUAAGGAAAGCCCGUGGUGGAAACUCCUGCUGGUGUAGUAUGGUGCUCCUCCUCCCGACCGCCAUCCGUACUCCCUUAUCUCCCAUCCCAUCUCCUCCCAAAUCCAAGAUAAACAAACUUCUCCUCCUUUCUAACACCACCACCUCCUUCAAAACCCAUUUCCCCUCUUCCAAUCUCUUCCCCACCAAAACCCCAAAGACUCCCAUUCCAAUCCAUGUCUCCAUCAAUGGCCCAUCAUCAUCAUCACCAUCACCAUCAUCAUCAUCAUCAUCAACGGCUACAACUACAUCUGAUUUCGAGUCUGGUGCUUCUCAAUGCACCCAUUGGAUGGUGGUCAUGGACAAACCCCCAGGUGGGGUUUCUUCAAAAUCCGACGUCGUGGACUAUUACGUCAGGACGUUAGCUAAUGUUUUAGGAAGUGAGAAGGAAGCGCAGAUGUGCAUUUAUGACGCUUCUUGGGAGACUCACUUUGGUUUUUGUUGUGAUAUUGAUGAGGAGACUUCUCGACGCCUUUUUGGUCUGCCGGGGGUUUUGUCUGUUAGGCCUGAUACAGAUUUUGAAUCUGUAAAAAAGGAUUACAGUUUCUCGAACCUUUUGUUGGGUCACCUAUCAAAAUCUAAUGGAGGAGCCAGUCAAAUAUCUUCUGAGAAAAGUUCCGAGUACUGGCUUGUUCGUAUGGAAAAGCCAGCAGUUGAAGUCGUCACGAAGGCACAGAUGGUGGACUAUUAUGCACAAACACUCACAAAGGUUUUGGGGAAUGAAAAAGAUGCGCAAAUGUGUCUAUAUCACAUUUCUUGGCAAAAUCAUUUUGGGUUUUGUUGUGAAAUUGAAGAGGAAUGUGCUCGGGAACUGGCUGGUGUACCCGGAGUUUUGUCUGUUCAGCCUGAUUCAAAUUAUGGAUCGUCAAACAAAGAUUAUGGAGGUGAUGAAAAACUGACUGAUUCUUCAGAUGCUAAUCAGACUCCCAAUAUAAGAACAAAAAGACUUUUUGUGACUGGUCUCUCUUUUUACACUUCCGAGAAAACAUUACGUGCAGCAUUUGAAGGCUUCGGUGAGCUUGUUGAAGUUAAAAUUAUAAUGGAUAAGAUAUCCAAAAGGUCCAAGGGCUAUGCAUUUAUAGAGUAUACCACAGAAGAAGCUGCAGGUGCGGCUCUGAAAGAGAUGAAUGGCAAGAUCAUUAAUGGCUGGAUGAUAGUUGUUGAUGUUGCAAAGAUGAACCCACCUAGAUAUAGCAGGGACCGCCCUAGGCCAACUGUCUGAGAUCUUAAGCUGCCCAGCAAGUUCAUCUGAUCCUUGAAAUGGGCACUGCCUUUUAAGUGCUGCCGGAGGAAGAGAAGUGUGGGAGAAUAUAAAAAAUUGCCUGGUCUGAGUUAAUAGUAUGAAUCAUGGAUUUCUCACUGUAGGAGAACUAAACAAGGGCUAUUAGGCAAAAUCGCCUGUCUGUACGGAUCUCACACACUUGAAAUUGCAGCAUUUUGGCCUAUUGCAGGUUUGACCCUGUUGUGCCAGCUACCAA